AUGAGCAAACUCGACGAUGAACAUCUUUUUAAAGUUGUUUUAACUGGUGACUCUGGUGUUGGCAAAUCCAAUAUCUUUUCUCGAUUUACACAUAACAAAUUUAAUUUGAAUUCAAAGUCUAACAUCGGUGUCGAAUCAGCCAUUAGGAACAUCCAAGUGGGCAAUGAAACAAUUGAAGCACAGAUUUGGGAUAAAGGUUCCUAUUUAUUAUUCAAGAUUGUCUAUUAUGGUGCAGUAGGCGCUUUACUCGUUUAUGAUAUUACUAAACAUGUGACAUAUGAAAGUGUUAAUCGUUGGCUAGGAGAAAUAAGAGAUUAUGCUGACAGCGAUAUUGUAAUCAUGCUUGUUGGAAAUAAAACCGAUUUAAAAAACCUUAGAGCUGUUUCAACUCAAGAAGCUAAGCAAUUUGCUGAUGAAAACAAUUUAUUAUUCAUUGAAACAUCUGCUUUGGAUACUAGCAAUGUAGAACUUGUUUUUCAGAAUCUUUUAACAGCCUUGAAAAACAAUAAUAGUGAUAUUGCAAAAGUUACGAAUAGAUCUCAUUCACAACAACUACAACAACUACCUCUUCCAAUGCCCAAACAACAUCCAAAGAAGGAAAAAGAAAAGAAUGAAUUUUCUGAAUGGAUUGAUGAGGCGAUAUCUAAAAAUCAUAUGAAGCUUCAUAAGUACAAAUUGUUUAGUGACAUUGAGAAAAUUGGUAGUGGUUCCUUUGGAAUUGUCUAUCGUGCAUACAAUAGUCAAUAUGCAAAAUAUAUGGUUUUAAAAUCAAUUCAAAUCAGAGAUAAUGUUACUUCUAAGAAAAUAUUUGGGCAAAUUAUAAAUGAGCUUCAACAACAUCGGCAAGUUGAAAUGCAUGAUAAUAUUAUAGGCUUUUAUGGUGUAACAAAAGAAAAUGUUAUGGAGUAUGCUGAUAGUGGAACUUUACGUCAAUAUUUAUCUAAAAAUUUUAACAAAAUGGAUUGGAGAUUGAAGUUAAAGUUUGCAAAACAAAUCUCAAGUGCAGUAUUUUGUCUUCAUUCAAAUAAUAUAAUUCAUAGAGAUCUGCAUUCAGAAAAUAUUUUCAUUCAUUCGGAUAAUAUCAGACUUGGUGAUUUUGGAUUAUCAAAAUCAAUGAUCGUUGAUACUGUAACAUCAUUUUCCAAAACAUAUGAAAGCAUAGUCCCAGGAACACCCAAAUCUUAUGUUGACAUCUAUACAGCAUGUUGGCAAGCUGAUCCUAUCGAACGUCCGGAGAUGUCACAAGUUAUAGACCUUUUAGAUGAUGUUGAUAUCAAUGAUCCAUCUCAAACUAUUUAUAUUGUUCCAAAUUCGAUUGACACAAUAACAAACAUGGAUGAUCUAUUAACUGCAAAAGUUUCCAAGACUGAUUCAAAACUACCCACUUUUGAAAUUACUAGUGGGAUGGAAAGACUUCAGAUGAAAAAGGAUCUUGUAACUCAUGAAUCAUUUCAUAAAGGAACUGGCUUUAAAGAUCCAGAUUUAACAGGAAAUUUAUCAGCAGCUACAUGUAAUGUUAGUGACAUUGUGCUAGACAGUGAUCGGUUUUGUUGUGAUGCAUUUCACAUUAUAUUUGUGCUUGAUAGAUCAGGUUCAAUGAAUGGCACUGAUAGAAAACCAUUAGAAAACAUUCAUUCAAACAUCAGUCAAAAAAUCGCACAAAGUCACAAUAAUAGGAUAGGCGCAGUAUACUCUGCGGUCUACUUAUUCAUGGAAGAGCAUAAAGAAAAACAAAACCAGGAUGCUGUUGACAAUGACACCAUCUCUUUAAUCUUAUUCAACCACGAAACUGUUGUACCAAUUGAAAAUCAAUCACUCAAUGAUGCAAACAAUGUUUUAGACACUAUGAUUCAGUAUGAAGCAAAUGGCGGAACUAGAUUUGAUUUGGCAAUACGGGAAGCAGGAUCUUUGAUUGACAAACAUUAUAAUCCAAAAAAGGCGAACGUCAUUAUAUUUUUGUCCGAUGGUGAAUGUGGAUCACCAGAUGCCGAAUUAGAAAGUAUCUGUAAAUAUAAUAAACAAAGAGGGUCACCAUUAUAUCUCAACACAGUUUUGUUUAGCAGCAAUUCUUCCAGCUCAGUAUUAGUAAAAAUGGCUAAUAUCGCACAUAAAUAUCUUCCAUCCGAUCUUGGACCGCUGGCUUUAAAAUGCCAGUUCAAUGAAGUUAAGAAUGAGGAGGAUUUGAAUAGUCAUUUUUCAUCUGUCUCCGAGUUGAUAAGUGAUUCACGCACCAGCUCAACUAGCUCAAUUAUCUCAAACAGACUGUCAUUAGCAAACAAUUUAUACAUAUCACCACCACUAAAUGAUAGACCAAUUAGUUUAGACAGACCGUCAUUACUAAAUAGACCAAUUAAUUAA